AUGGCUACCGUGAACGUCAACCUUGUCCCAACUCCCAUUGAGGCCUUCCAAAUUGCAGGCUAUUCGCGCUCUUUUCGACUAUUUAUACACUCAUCAGAACGAUGUCGCCGCGCUGAACGCAGCCUACCCCCUCCGCGGCAUCCUAGAGAUGAGUGUCAUGCGAAAGGCGACCUCAAAAUUCACCAUUUAUCUUUCACAAAAGCGAAAAGCGCAAAUCCCAGCGGUUCUGCAGAGGUCGUUGGCUAUGUGAUUACAACCCCGAUACCUUGGCCCCCGCAAUCUGACAAUGGAUGCGGCUCGCAUACGGACUACGGUACCUUCACCAUAAUCUUCCAGGAUGGAACCUUUGGCCUCGAACUCGAAGGCACAAACGCACUCAGCACCUGGGUCCCCUUGCCCGGUGACGCUACCAUGAUCCUAACAGGCUGGUGUGCCGUCGUCCUAAGCGGUGGACGCAUUUCCACAGCUAGACAUCGUGUCCGCCGUGUCCCUGCUGUGCGGAGAUUGAGUGCUGUUUUGUUUGUUGCGCCGGAUUUGGAUGUGACAAUGAAGCCGUUGGAGGAAUGUAUUGCCUGCUAA